UUACCCACAAAACACACCAAAAACCCACAAAAAACACUCAUAAACACCCCUUUUAACACUCCGUCUCCCCCUCCAACAGGCCUGGUGAAGCGUAAGGUGCUGGUGCUUGACUUGGACGAGACUCUGAUCCAUUCUCACCACGACGGAGUGAUCAGACAGAUGGUGAAGCCAGGCACACCACCCGACUUUGUGCUCAAGGUCACCAUUGACAGACACCCAGUUCGCUUCUUUGUGCACAAGAGGCCACACGUCGAUUUCUUCCUGGAUAUUGUGUCCCAGUGGUACGACCUGGUGGUGUUUACGGCCAGCAUGGAAAUCUACGGGGCAGCGGUGGCCGAUAAGCUGGACGCAGGGAGGGGCAUUCUGCGUCGCCGUUACUACCGCCAGCACUGCACACUUGACUAUGGCAGCUACACCAAGGACCUGGCUGCCAUUUGCCCUGAUCUCGCAUCCAUCUUCAUCCUAGACAACUCCCCUGGGGCUUACCGGCAGUACCCAGACAAUGCAGUGCCCAUCAAGUCUUGGUUUAGCGACCCCCUGGAUACCUCGCUACUGUCCCUCCUACCAGUGUUGGAUGCUCUCAGAUUUACCACAGACGUCAGAUCGGUCCUGUCUCGUAACCUGCACCUCCACCACAUCUGGUAGUACACCCCCCCAAGCUGCGCCCCCCUCCAGAAUCCCCCCCAACGCCUGCCUAUCCCCGGCCCUCGGGCAAGAAAAGGCUAUAACUGGUCUCAAGAGUGUGUGUGUCCCCUCCUCCCUGCCCC